AUGGAUAGCACCAGCAGCAGCAAAAGUAGCAAGAAGCGUCAUGUGGGUUUGACGAAAGCAGCCGGUGGACAGCAGCGGCGGUGGUCAGUCGUUGGAGAUUGUUCUUUCUCGACGUUGCUGCUGUACGGCUUCUUUGCGGUCGCUGUGUUGACACCUGAUGUGGCCGUAGAAGGAAUUCGCCAGAAGAGGAGAGAGUCUAGCUGUUAUUAUAAUGGGACCCACUUCAUGGAGGGCUCAAUUGUGCCAACGAUGGAACCCUGUCUGAUGUGCAAGUGCCAGAGUAAAACGUUGAUUUGUGCGCUGAAGGUUUGCCCGGAACAACCCAUUCCUCCACCGAGGGGCUGUAUUCUGGUGCACAAGAAUGGUGCCUGCUGUCCGUACCUUCAGUGCUCGAAGCUACACCUGGCCACCAAAAACAGUGGAGAUCGGAAGAAAAUCCAUUUCCUGGACUACUACCAGAAGGCAGCCGAAGAGCGACUAUCGAAUCCGAACUCCUACCUCAGGAGAUCCGACGAUGACGAUGUGGAGGAGCUUGGAGCAUGCAUCGUCAACGGAACGGUGUACAAAUCGGGGUCGGCCAUGACUUCGUCCUCGCUGUGCUCGUACUGCUACUGCAUCAAUGGUCAGCAGAAAUGCGUCAAACCAAAGUGUGCCUUGCCGAACCCUCGGUGCGCUCCGAUUUUCAUCGAUUCCGCCUGCUGUCCGAUCCGGUACGAUUGUACAGGAAAAACGCCGUUCAAUGCAACAAUUUCGACCGAGCCGCCGAAACCGGUGCGGCGGAUUAAUAAUCGACACUAUCUCCGAACCGUGGAACAGAAAACAGGGAAAAAUAGUGGGUGUGUUGUGAAAGGAAAAACCUAUCCGGAAGGUGAUCGGGUAGCUUCGCUGGAUCCGUGCGAGGUUUGCUACUGCAUUCGGGGCACGAAGAAGUGUACGCCGAAGAAGUGCGCUCCGGCUAUUAAGGGUUGUACGCCGCGGGUUCCCCGUGGCGAGUGCUGCGCGGUGCGGUAUGAUUGUAGUAAGUUUUGUUGCUUGGAAAGGUGGUUGGAAUUUUACGCUAACGUUUUGAAUUUUAUUUUAGAACAUGGUGAUCUGAAAACUUUCGCCCGAAAGAUCGAGGAUGAGCAAGAGUCGUUUGACUUCUUUUCCAUUCUGUUUGGUCCCGAUCCCGAUGAGCCGAAGGUUGAGGGGAAGAAUGUUACCGAAACAGUAGUGACGGAGCCGCCGCAGGUUAAUAGUACUACGUCGGAGAAGAGCUUUUUUGAUUUCCUGAAGGCAGGACUGGAGUUUAUUGAUAGUAAUUCGGAUGAUUUGUUGCCGGAAACGACGAUAGCAACUGCGGCAUUGAAUGCGACUAGCACGAACACCACCAUCGACGUUGCUCCGGCAACGGAGACAACAACCGAAUUGCAUACUGUCAAAGUGGAAAUUAUUCAAGAGCCGCAGACUAUCUACAUUGAGAAGCCAGAUUUUAAUUUUCCUCCCAGAAGUACUAUUCCACUAUUGCUUAAGUCGAAUGCAGUUAGAGAAACGACGCAGAAUACGACGACGACGACGACGCCGCCUACAACAGUGAAAACUACCUCUACGCCUACGCCGACAACAUCAACAACAAAAAGGACGACGACUACGACAGUUAAAACAACUGCACCAACAACAAGAACAACGACCACGACAAUUAAAACAACGGCACCAACAACAACGACGACUACGACGGCUAAAACAACAACACCAGCAACAACGACGACUACGACAGCCAAAACAACAACAAUUAAAACAUCCACGUCAACAACAACAACAACAACAACAACGCCAGCGCCAUCCAGCUCGACUGUCACUUCAACGUCAACAACGAAGGAAGCUCCAAAAGCAGUAACCAAAGCCCCGCUGGUGAUUGAUUCAACUAACGGAGAGCCAGAGUUCCAUAAAUUAGAAUCCGAUUCUCUAUUGAAGGAAAAUUUGACGGAAGUUUCCAACUCGUUGGUCGAUUUGGAAUCUUCUCGUGAACCUCCAUCUACUACCGUACAACCGAAGUUGGCAUUAGCCACUCAAAAACCAACAACUCAAAAACCACAAAAAAAUCAAAAAACUACAACAACAACAACGGAACCGCCUCGUAUUCGCACAACCGAACGACCACAAAAGAUUCGGAAGCCCAUUCUGACGGAGAGUGCCACCACGGAGAAACCGAUCGAGGUCGUCAUUAAGGUGGACGAUUUCAUAGACAAAUCCGCGGUGGAAUCGAUUCUGCAAUCGCUGCAUGCUAAGCUGGAAAGCGUAGCGAACUCGGAAGUGGUUCCGGCGGUGACGACGGUCAUCACGAAGCGACCGAACGAUAAGUUCGUUGGCCAUGAAAUCGAUAAAGUGCCGACGACGAUCAUCUCCAGCUCGCCGGCGGUGGUUUCGACGACUGCUGGAACUACGACGUCGACGUCGACGUCGACUACGGAAGAAGUGUUCACGGAACAAACGGAACCGGUAACGCCCGAGGAAGAAGACGAUGAGCCGGAGACGACGAUCCCCGAUGUUGAGGUGACUGAGGCUGCCCCGACAGAGGGAACUAGUGAUGAUUUCAAUGAAGAUGAGGUUAUGAGUACUACAGAUUUGUCGGUGGAUUCUACAAGUACUGUUGCUACGACAGACGUGACUGAUUUGGACGUGGUUGAGUUUAAGACUGAUAAUGAUACAGAACUCGCGCUAUCGGAAAAUGUUACUGAGAUUUCUACGGAGCAGCCGCUAAUUACAACUCCGAAGCCUAAACCAGUUACCCAGAAGAAUACAACAAAACCGCUGAUUACCAAAGAAAACAAUCUUCUGUCGGUUCUGUUGACGGAACUGUCGAACAUCUUCGAUUCUACGAAGAACGAUUCGGGCAAACAGAAAAAUCGAACGGAACCUCGCCCGGUAACGCCAAAACCGAUUCCCAUCGGAGAAUUCCAUAGACCCAGCAGUAUUCCUUCGAUACUGGAGUCAGAUAUUAGCUUAGAUUACGGCGAGCCGACCCUUCCACCGAGUCUUCCGAAUUUGAAAAUCAUCCCGUUCCUGCCGGCCGAUGCAGUUAAGAAAAAUGAUGCUCCAAUUCCAAUGGCCGCCCCGUACGACUUCUACAAGCCAAACCCAACCAAUUAUCCUGUCAUCGGUGAAGGCUACGAACCCUAUGGAGUACUCAGCGAUCACGAACUGCAUCCGGGAGUUCCGUUUAAACCUCCGAAAUACGAUUACAGUUACGAGUCGCCUCUUACCUAUCCGGCAUUGACGGAAAACUACGACAUAGAAUCCAAGAGCAAUCAGUACAACGCCAAGAUUGGCAUUCGAAACAAGUACGACACGAUCAACGAUCCGGACUAUGAUUACGCGGACACGGACGCACUGGCCAAGUACGACAUCCACUCGAAGCAGGAACUGUUCAAGAACGAACUGAAAAAGUUCAUUCCAGCGAAGUACGAAGCGCCGCAGGAAGGAACGUACGUGCCGGUUUACGAUAAGUACGGCGUCGGUUAUCCGGAGAAGAACAUCUACUAUUCGAACCACAAGGAAAAGUACGAACCGGUGGUCUACAGUGCGAAACCGGCGGAGGUCAGCACCGAGCACGCCCUGUUCCGGCUGGAGGAGAAGCCGGUUCCUUCGCUGGCAGCCGGAAGUGGCUUCUCGCCACCAACUAAAACUGAAGGAGGUUUCCUACCGAAGGAUCACAUCAAGGAAGACUUUUACUAUGCGACGACCGUUUUUCCCGACGAUCAUUCGAUCAAGAUACCAUUCAACACCACUAAAUUUAAGUUUGGAGUCACUCCGGCAAACCCAUUCAUCGACGUCAUCCGAACGGAACCUCCCCCGCCACUGAUCAGUCUAAUCGAAGACAAAGAAAAACUGUUUUCCGUCUAUCAUUCGGUUGCGAAAAAUAACUACUCCUCACUGGACGACCUCCUGGACAACGACAAUGUCGACAGCUCGGAGUACGACAAGCAGAUCAUCUCGAUCACAACCGACGCUAACUAUCUGUCGACAAUCGACACUAGCUCGGUGGUGGAUGAACUCGACGCGGCCACCGGUCAAAGCGCCAUCAACUUCUCGCUUCCACCGAUGCCACUCGAAGCGUCAGCAGAACAUUUACGCAACGGUUCCGAACCGGAACCAAGCGGAAUGUUCAGUUUAGAGAACGUCCUGAACUAUCUGUUCCGAGAGGACGAACCAGUAGCACACGACAACAGCACCACAGCAGAAUACCCGGACGGUGUUCCACCGUUCCGAACCAGUCCAUCUCGCAUCAGCGGGGUUUACAAUCCGUCGACCAGCCUCGACUUGGGCGAUGUGAAACCACCAUCCGACGAGGAACAACACGACGGAACGGUUGUCCUCAAGGUGGAAAGUGCUUCCAAUGGACCGCAGGUCCUAUACCGACCUUCCCUAAUGGACCUUCCCUUCCUUGCACCCAACUUCCACUCGAACGGCGGAGCCGUUGGUGCUGGCGGUAGCGCUGGUGCCGGUGAAGCAGAAUACAAAAACGACAUCGACCGGUACGGCUAUCUGGAUCCGGACGUCGAACACUAUCAGGUAAUUUCGGAUGGUCCUCCCAAUACCAUACCCAAUUCGGAUGCGACCUACGUGGUCAAUCCGGUUGACAUAAACAAACUGAAGCAGCACCACUCCGAAGGAAUAGCGGAAAUUUCGAUGAAAUCCAAGGUGUACAGCCUAAAGGAUACUGUCGGCAUCCUAAAGCUGGCCGGUUGCAACAUUUACGGUCGGAUGUACCGAGUUGGGAGGAUAAUUUCCGAACUGUCCGGACCCUGCCUGGAGUGUAAAUGUACCGAAGUGGGCGUGAACUGUACGCCGCUGAACUGCUGA